UUGUUGUUUAUCUUCAACAGUAUAGCCACUAGUAUCUUGAUUUUUCAUUGGGAGUUGAGGGAAUAUGGAGAGUUCGCUUGGGCUUUUGUUGGUGCUAAUAAGUUCCGUGGCCAUUCAUAUUGGUCAAGCUCAAGACCAAAAAGAGUUCAUCAGUUUGGAUUGCGGGCUACCUGCGAAUGAACUGUCUCCUUAUAAGGAGGCUCAUACUAAACUGUUGUUCUCUUCCGAUGAAAAUUUCAUACAGAGCGGAAAAAAUGGUCGAGUCCAAGCAAACCGAGAGAGAGAAUUCUUGAAACCAUACAGAACGCUGAGAUAUUUUCCAAAUGGAACACGAAACUGUUACAGCCUAACUGUGGAGAAGGGCAGGAAUCAUUUGAUAAGGGCUUUCUUUACCUAUGCAAAUUAUGACGGUUUUGACAAUAACCCUAAUUUUGAUUUGUAUCUCGGACCUAAUCUGUGGGAAACAAUAGAUUUUCAAGGACAAGUGAAAAGUGUACGGGCCGAGAUGUUGCACAUUCCAACAUCAAACUCGUUGCAGAUUUGUCUCGUUAAGACAGGGACGACUAUUCCGUUCAUAUCCACCUUGGAGAUACGGCCAAUGGGAAAUGAUAGUUAUGUCACUGAUUCUGGUUCCCUUAAUCUUUUCUUUCGGAGAUAUUUUACCGAGUCAAAGAAUUACAUAAGGUACGCGAACGAUAUCUAUGAUCGGGCAUGGCUUCCAUACUUCCAGACGGAAUGGACUCAGAUUUCCACCACUCUCCAAGUGAACAAUUCAAAUUCUUAUAUUCCACCGAAAGAUGCGCUCUCAACUGCUGCAAUACCUACUAAUUCUAGUGCGCCACUGACAAUCCAAUGGAAUUCUAGUUACGUUAAUAACCAAUAUUACUUUUACAUACAUUUCGCUGAGAUCCAAGAGUUGAAGAAAAAAGAUAGUAGGGAGUUCAACAUAACUUGGAAUGGAAAAGUCAUACUCAGCUCAUUUAUUCCUCCAAAAUUUCGUGCACAUACUGUCUUUGCCGAGUCGCCGGGAACUUGUGAUGGAGGGGAUUGCAGUCUCCAGCUGAUAAGAACUAACAGAUCAACUCUUCCACCUCUGCUUAGCGCUCUUGAGGUCUACACAGUUAUCCAGUUUCCCCAGUCUGAAACAAAUGAAAUCGACGUAAUUGCUGUUCAAAACAUCAAAAUCACCUAUGGGAUAAGUAGAAUCAGCUGGCAAGGAGAUCCAUGCGUCCCUCAAUGGCUUAUGUGGGACGGCUUAAGCUGCAGCACCACGGAUAUGUCUACACCACCAAGAAUCACUCAUUUAAACUUGUCUUCAAGUGGUCUAACUGGAACCAUAACGGAUGGCAUUAAGAAUCUUACAUCACUAGAAACUCUGGACCUGUCAAAUAAUAAUUUGAUUGGAGAGGUGCCGGACUUUUUAGGCAACAUGAAAUCUUUGGUGUUCAUAAACAUAAGCAUGAAUGAUCUUAGUGGUCUGAUUCCUCAGACUCUUCAGAGGAAAGGACUAAAGUUAUUUUCUCAAGGGAACCCAGGACUUUGUCUCUCGGGUUCAUGCCUACCUCCCAAACCCAAGUCAUUUCCAGUGGCAAUUAUCGUAUCAGUAUUAUCUGUGGCCAUAAGUAUCAUUGGUAUUUUGGUACUUACUUUGGUUUUAAGGAAGAAAAAUCCAUCAACUGUGGCAGCUCAGCGACGACCGCCUAGUAUAUCGUCUGUGAAUGUUACGUAUGCAAAUUCACCUGCUUCGUCAAUCCAAACCAAUAAGAGAAGUUUUACAUAUUCAGAGGUCAUUAGUAUGACAAACAACUUCCAAAGGGUUGUUGGGGAAGGAGGAUUUGGUAUUGUCUAUCACGGUGCUCUAAAUGUGUAUGGACAAGUAGCUGUUAAACUGCUUUCUCAAUCAUCCACACAAGGCUAUAAGGAAUUCAAGGCAGAAGUUGAUCUUCUUAUGAGAGUUCACCACACAAAUUUGGUAAGCCUGAUAGGAUAUUGUAAUGAAGGAGAUCACUUGGCUCUGAUAUACGAGUUUGUGCCCAAUGGGGACUUAAGACAACAUCUGUCUGGGAAAGGAGGAAGAUCCAUCAUCAAUUGGGGUACUCGGCUACGAAUAGUUGUGGAGGCUGCAUCAGGUUUGGAGUAUUUACACACUGGCUGCAUACCACCAAUGGUUCAUAGAGAUGUCAAAACCACAAACAUAUUGUUGGACGAGCGGUUUAAGGCCAGGCUUGCUGAUUUUGGGUUGUCGAGAUCUUUCCCAGUUGGAAAUGAAUCUCAUGUUUCGACGAUAAUUGCUGGUACUUCUGGAUAUCUUGAUCCCGAAUAUUACCGUACAAAUCGGUUGACCGAGAAGAGUGACGUGUACAGCUUCGGGAUUGUGUUACUAGAGAUGAUCACAAACCAACCCGUGAUUGACCAAUCCCGUGAAAAGUCUCACAUAACAGAGUGGGUUGGGUUUGAGGUAAAUAGCGGAGAUAUUAGGAGUAUCAUGGAUCCAAACCUUCAAGAAGACUACGACUCUGAUUCUGCAUGGAGAAUUUUUGACUUGGCAAUGUCAUGUGCAAAUGCUUCUUCCAAAAGACGUCCAAGCAUGUCUCAGGUUGUUGUGGAACUGAAAGAGUGUCUUGCGUCUGAAAUAUUGAGGAGAAAUAUGAUGAAUAGAGGCAGGAUGGAGGCUCGUAGUUCGGCUGAAGUGACCGUGCUCGUUGACACUGAGAUGUUUCCUGUAGCGAGAUAGGAUGACUCUUUAGGAUCUAAAGAACCUUGUGUAGUAAGCUUUUGGAUAUACAAGUAUUGCCCAAAAGAAUAGAACAAUACUCCCUCCGUUUCAAAUUAUAUGUCGUUCUAGAGCAAAAUUUUUGUUUCAAAAUAAGUGUCGUUUUCGAUUUUCAAUGCAAAAUUUAUUGAAAAUA